GUAGCAAAUUAUCGUUCCUGAAUAGGUGGCGCCGUGGUAGCGGAUCCUGUUCCUCUUCUUCCGGUUUCUGCACUGUACAACUAUUUCAGUUAUAUUUUUAAUUAACGAUGCCAAAUACUUGUUGUUGUGUACCUGGAUGUCAUUUAAGAGGAGGACAUGCAUUUCCAAAUGACUUAAAAAGAAGGAAAAGUUGGAUCAACGCCAUGGCCCAUACGCAGAUUGGACGAGAACACGAUGAUAUCGUGGAGUCCAUCUCAAUCAGCUGUUGUUUGCAAGGCACGUUUUACUGAAAAAGACUACGUGCAGGAAACUAUUCAUGGGCGCAAACCCACCAUACAGAGACUUAAGUCUACUGCAAUUCCCAGCCUAUUUUCCUGGACCAAGCAAGAGACUGAAUCGUCCGCAAAAAGAAAAAUCAGGGCAGUUUCCUGUGAAAACAAAAGAACUAAACUUGAUGAAUAUUGUAGUAGAAAUCUAGAGGAAAGUUUUGAUUGUAAAGUUGGUUUUCCUGAAGAAGUCAUUCAUACUGCAGAAAGGAUUUAUGACUGUCCACCACCAACUGCCGAGCUAAUGUUGAGCUUCACAGAUGGAAUUACGCAAACACCAUCAAUGCCUAUGUUUUCAGCAGAGAAUUUUGAAAUGAAGACACGUGACACAGCCAUGCAUUUUUAUACCGGUUUAGAGUUGUAUACUAAAUUUUUAUUUGUUUUGACCACACUUGGUCCAGCAGCACAUUGUUUGAGAUACAUAUAUUUUCAAAUUGAUAGGGUGUCAGUUGAAAAUCAGUUUUUUUAUGACUUUGAUAAAUUGAGGCAUCAUACAACCAACUUUGAACUGUCUAGAUUCUAGAUUGAAUCUAGUGUUAAGAAUAUUGUGUAUACAUGGAUUGUUUUUGUGUCUAAACAGUGGUGUGAGGCUAACACUUGGCCAUCUAGUGGUUUAGUCAGGUAUUUUUC